AUGCCUGGUGACCAUGAAUCAGAAGACUUGAUGAAGAACCCUGCUGAUAUGACAGCCUUUGUUCAAAAUCUUCUUGUUCAGAUGCAAACCAGGUUCCAGACAAUGUCUGAAAGCAUUAUUGGGAAGAUAGAUGAAAUGGGAAGCCGGAUUGAUGAACUGGAGCAGAGCAUCAACGACUUAAAAGCUGAGUUGGGAGAAGUUCCAGUCAAAAAACCCGAGGAAUCGAAAACUACUGAUGUUUCUUGAGAUUUCUACAUCUCCAGUCAGAUUGAAGUGGGAAGCUAAGAAAAAGUUUAUAUUAGGUUUAUUCAGCUUUCUUAUUGGUAUGCAUCUCAUGGUUGCAGCACUGCUAAUUUGGUUUUGAUUUCUUGAUCCUCAUAACUUUCAUCGUUUUAUCCGGUUAAACUUUUGGUGCAGUUCUGUGCUUGCCUUUAAUGUGUUUUGACAUUUCUAAAUGCUGAUUAUUGUAUGAGCUUGGAAAUAUUUGCAGAAUUAUGUAAUAUACCUGUUUGUGUUGCUCAUUAUU